GGUUAAUGAAAUCACUGGUUGUUCAGAUGCCCUCCGUGUCUCCAGAAUGUCACCAAGUGAUGUUUAAUCAUGAGAUAACAGCUGUUCUUACAGAUGUACAAGAAAACUCACCGGGGCAUAGAGCUGGAUUGGAGCCAUUCUUUGAUUUUAUCGUGUCCAUUAAUGGUUCAAGAUUGAAUAAAGACAAUGACACUCUCAAGGACCUGCUGAAAGCAAAUGUUGAAAAACCUGUAAAAAUGCUUGUGUACAGUAGCAAAACACUGGAACUGAGAGAAACAUCAGUAACCCCCAGCAACAUGUGGGGUGGACAGGGCCUGCUGGGAGUGAGCAUUCGCUUCUGCAGUUUUGAUGGGGCCAAUGAAAACGUCUGGCACGUCUUGGAAGUGGAACCAAAUUCUCCUGCUGCAUUAGCUGGACUUAGACCUCAUAGUGACUAUAUCAUUGGAGCAGAUACUGUAAUGAAUGAGUCUGAAGAUCUCUUUUCCCUUAUUGAAACACAUGAAGCAAAGCCAUUAAAACUUUAUGUGUACAACACAGACACAGAUAAUUGUCGGGAAGUGGUGAUUACUCCAAAUUCUGCCUGGGGUGGAGAAGGCAGCCUAGGAUGUGGCAUUGGUUAUGGAUAUUUGCAUAGGAUACCUACUCGUCCAUUUGAAGAGGGGAAGAAAAUUUCUCUCCCAGGACAGUUGCCUAGUGCAUCUCUGAGCCCCCUCAAGGAUGGUUUCACAGAGGUUCAGCUGUCAUCAGUUAAUCCGUCAGCCACUCUCCCUCCUGGGUCAGCAGGCCUUGAGCAGAGUCUUUCAGGACUUUCUAUUAGCUCACCUUCAACUACUGUCAGUAAUGUUCUCAGCACAGGUGUUCCAACAGUUCCAUUAUUACCACCACAAGUCAGUCAGUCCCUUACCUCUGUGCCACCAGUUAACCCAGCAACUACCUUACCAGGUCUGAUGCCAUUACCAGCAGGGCUUCCUAACCUGCCUGAUCUGUCCAAGCUUAAUUUACCUGCACCACAGAUUGUUCCAGAAAUCAUACAGCCUGGUUUGCAGCCCCUUCCCCCCUUGCCACCUCUGCAUCUGAUGGGAAUAACGCCUCUAUCAAUGCCACCCAAGUGUGUUCCUAUGCUUCCUUUGGGCACAGAGGCAUCUACAGUGCCUACAGAUUUGCUUCCCUCUAUUACUCAAGCUGGAAGCUUUUCCAUCAAUCCUGGCACUACUGAAAAUGUAGAGGAGACCUCUGCACUCACCUUGGAUAAUGCAACUCCAACUUCCAGGGCAAUUGUUGUUGACAGAUCAAAUGAAUCCUCCACAGCUAAUGAGAAAACAACUGGAAUCACAGAUACACAAGCUUCUGAAUCAUAACUCCAGAUCACUCUGUUGGAUUGGCUUGGUAUUUAUUUAGCCAUGGGAUACAUAUUUGAAAAGCAAGCGAUCAUUAAUUUCAUACUAGUUUGUACUUAAUCUUUAGAAGUCCUGUAAAUAAUAUGGAGGUAUAAUAAAAAUAAAAGGGGAUUUAUAAAGGGGG